ACCAUUUACCCUCUUUGCCCUUUAGUGGUAGCUAGGAGAGAGCAACUGUUCUAAAAGAGCGUGUUUUCAGCGGGGUUUUCUCAGCCCUUGGACCCAGGAAACCGGACUGUGUACCCUGUGUCUUUAGCUCUCAUGUGUUGCUGUGGAAUGUCAUGGAGAAACAGGGGCCCUGGACCCAGAUGCGAAAAGCCAAGCAUAAAAUUUUACAUACGGGAAUGAAGAUGAACUUUGGGUUGACUUUCAAGGCAGCAAAAGGCUGCUGGAUGGUGACCAUCAGCCGGCAGAGCUCACAUGGAUCCACUGGGUUAUUUGUGCCACCAAGUCCUCCUCUGGACCCUGAGAAAGUCAAAGAAUUACAGCGCUUCAUCACCCUUUCCAAGAGGCUCCUAGUAAUGACUGGGGCAGGAAUCUCCACGGAGUCAGGGAUCCCAGACUACAGGUCAGAGAAGGUGGGACUUUAUGCCCGCACUGACCGAAGGCCCAUCCAGCACGGGGACUUUGUACGGAGUGCGCCAAUCCGCCAGCGGUACUGGGCGAGAAACUUUGUGGGCUGGCCUCAGUUCUCCUCCCACCAGCCUAACUUGGCACACUGGGCUUUGAGCAACUGGGAGAGACUUGGAAAGCUGCACUGGUUGGUGACCCAAAAUGUGGAUGCCUUGCACACCAAGGCAGGGAGUCAGCGCCUGACAGAGCUCCACGGAUGCAUGCACAGGGUUCUCUGCCUGGGCUGUGGCGAACAGACUCCCCGCGGGGUGCUGCAGGAGCGUUUUGAAGUCCUGAACCCCACCUGGAGUGCUGAGGCCCACGGCCUGGCCCCUGAUGGCGAUGUCUUUCUCACAGAGGAGCAGGUACAGAGCUUUCAGGUCCCGUCCUGUGCUCGCUGUGGAGGCCCUCUGAAACCAGAUGUCGUUUUUUUCGGGGACACAGUGAGCCCUGAUACAGUUGACUUUGUGCACAAGCGUGUAAAAGAAGCCGACUCCCUCUUGGUGGUGGGAUCAUCCCUGCAGGUGUACUCUGGUUACAGGUUUAUCCUCACUGCCCGGGAGAAGAAGCUGCCCAUUGCAGUACUGAACAUCGGGCCCACACGGUCAGAUGACUUGGCGUGUCUGAAACUGGAUUCUCGUUGUGGAGAGUUGCUGCCUUUAAUAGACCCUUACUGACCACAGCCUGAUGGUCCUGAGCCAGAAACUGGGACUUUCACUUGAAUCCUGCUGCUAAAGAUCCCUGAGGGAUUCAUUCCUUUUUCCUCUUAUAGAAGCUCACCAAGUGCAACCUGUAGAGGGCAGCAAACCAGCUUCUUUCCCAGCACGUCUCUGAACUGCCUAGUGUUCAGUGGGGCUGAUGAGAACUGCCCUUGACGAAAGACUUUUUCAGAGAAGCGGCUUCUCUUAAUAGGAAAACUGCUUUCGCCUCCUUUUUAUCUCACCAGACAGAAGAAAUGGCCUGGGGAAUACGUAGGCCAGAAGAAUCUCAGGAGUGCUAACCUGGGGAUCUCACUAAUGGUGGGCAGGUGAAAGAAGGAAAUGACUUUAAUUUAAAAUUCCAAAUGGUUGUAUGUCUUUAACUGAACCAUUUUAAUGUAUUUUUUUGGAAAGAUGAGCAACAGUAUUAAUUUUUUAUUAACCAAAGAAUAAAAUAAUUAUUGUUUAAUAGCACACCAGG